ACUUGACUCAAGUUGAGCACACUUUGUGAUGGAGGCAUGGAGCCAACAAGAUCACCACUAGUUUUGCUCGUGGCGCAAGCCGUACUCGCUGCGGCGAUGCUGCAACAACCAUCAGAAGGGAGGGUGCAGGCAGUGGCGCCAUCAGCGCCACAUCUCGCCGGAGGCAAAGAAGCCGAAGCAGCAGCCGCUACCUCCUCGCCGGCUUCACCAUUCACCGGCGACACGCCACUAGUUUUGCUCGUGGCGUACGCCGUACUCGCGGAGGCGAUGCUGCAACCAUCAGAGACGAGGGUACAGGCGGCUACCUCCUCGCCUUCUUCACAGUUCACCGGUGACCCGCCACGGCCCUCCCUCCCGGGCUUGCCGCCUCUACCUGGCUUGCCCGCGUUACCGCCGUCGCCGGGCUUCCCGGGCAUGGCAGGCGCGCAGUCGUCUCCUUCGCCUUCGCAGCAGCCGGCCAAAACAUGCUUGGAGCCGCUGAUACUUGCGGAACCGUGCGUCAGUUACCUGACGAACUCCAGCGUGCCGGCGCCGCCGAGAACGUGCUGCGACGGCUUCAGGUCGCUCGUCGGCGGCGGCGACAGGAUUUGCCUGUGCCACGCCAUCAUGGGCGACCUGGGUACAUUUGCAGGCGGGACGAUAGACCAGCACGUUCAUACCGCCGGAGCUUCUUCUGAUGUGCAUCGGCAAGUCUGAAUCGUUGUUUGCUUUGUUUUAUUAACUGUAUGAACUUACGAGAUGAACUGUCAUGUGUUUGCAGUUAACCCUGUCCCGCCGAUUCUGCCGGAAUGAACCAGUAGCGCGCGGGUGUCGGAGAAAUGCUGGGUGCUCCGGGCGGCAGCUGCUACAUGCUAUCCCUUGUUCUUUUCUUUUUUCUCCCAUUGUGCUACCUAUCUCUCGGCGCCACAUAGUCACUGUUGUACUAGUACUCCCUCUGUCCAAAAUAAAUGCCUUAAUUUUGUAGUAAUUUUAAUUAGUACAAAGUUGUAUUAAGAUUAAGACACUUAUUUUAAACAAGGGAGUAGUUGGUAGCACUGCUCACAGACGUGUGACUAUCUGUUCACAGGCCACACACUUACUCCGCACUGGGUGUAUCUUGUAACACAGUAGAUCUCCUUCAGUUCCAUAAUAUAAGAAUAUUUUCUACACUACAUUAAUGUUAAAAAUGAUUUUAUAUUAUCAGAUGGAAGGAGUAAGAAAUAUAGACAUAACCACUAUUUAUUUUGCACUAUUCUUUUGCCUUCAUUUUAUCACAUGUUCAUCCACACUUUGUGAUCGGUUGAGAGAGACAACCACGACGUGACGGCGAUGUCCACGGCGAGGAGAACAACAACACAGGAAAAAGUGCCUAUCAUUUUGCUCGGUGUGCUUCUGUUCUAGUAGAUGUGGAAUUGCACUAGCCCUGUUUCAUAUCAUGGGGAGAUGAUGUAUUUUUAUUUGAUACAGUGUUAUUAAUGCAGGGUUAAUGGAUGCACAUGAUUUUUCUUGAAGCUACUAUUGAUAGGCUAGAUCAUUGACCUUCAUUAUCCAUUACCUCUGACUAUAUGU